UCACAGUUUGUUGUGAAGAGACUAUAUAAUCAAAAACGGGGGUGGGGGGUGGGGUGGAGGGACUCAAUGAAACUUGUGGAUAACAUAUGUGUCUAAACAAAGAUUGCAUUUUUUCAAAAAAAGAGAUAAGAAUAACAUAACUGUACAGUUUUUUCUUUAACACUUCAGAGAUAUGUCGGUAAAAAGCUACAUAAUGUAAUAUUAUUUAAUAGAUAUAUAUAGAUAUAUGUAAUACAGUUUAUUGCCCUUAAAUUGAUAUUAUGUAAUUGUUGCUAAGCAUGUUUCCUAAUCUUAAUCAAUCACAAAUAGACGAGCUUGAUCAUAAUAAUUCCAAUGAUAUUCAUUUAUUGAAUUCAUCAUCUUCUGUGACAUUAUCAUCUUCAAUGUCAUUCACUUCAUCAAAAUCGACACCAACGUCGUCGUCGUCAUCAUCAUCUCCUUCGUCUAUCACUUCACCAACAUGUUUAACUGUAUCAUCAAUUCAUGAAAUCUAUCAAUGUCGUUCAUUUAUGAUACAUGAUAUUUUAGAUAAAUCUAAACAGACUACUUAUAAUACUACUAUGAAUAAUAAAGAUAAACUAUACAAAUCAUAUAAUGAACAAAUUAAAACAUUUCCAAUGAUCAAAUCAGUUAUAAAUGAUUAUGAACGAAAUGAUAAAUAUCAUAUGAAACGAAAAUAUACUAAUCAUAAUCAUGAGAAUGAUCAUGAUAAACGUGUAGUUACCACAGCAACAACAACAACAACCACCACCACCACAACAACACCGUCCUUAAUGACAAUAAAGGAAGAUUGUAAUUCAUAUAUGAAUGUAGAUCAUAAAAAUUUGUCAAUAAAUCUUACAAAAUAUCAAUCAUAUGAACAAUAUAAACAAUCUAUGAAUGAUACAACACAAUUGAUAGAAGGGAAUUUAAAACAACUUUAUACUGCAACAGGUUUCAAUGAAAUUACAACGAAUUCAGAUAAUACUCAAUUCAUUCUAUCAACAAUAAAUAGUCCAAAUAGUUUAAAUACAAAUGAUGAAAAUCAUAAAGAUAAUGAAUUACAAGAAGAUAAUAGUGAUGAUGAUAAUGAUGAUGAUGAAUAUUCUGAAAUGAAUUCAAAUGGAUCUUUAUAUUCAACGCAUUCAAUAGAUCCAUAUCAUAAAUUAACAUUCAUCAAGAAAAAAUCAAAAUUUGAACAUUCCAAUGAAUUACAUCGAUCAUAUCAUCCCCAUUAUCAUGAUCAUGAUCAUGAUCAUGAUCGUCAUCAUCAUCAUCAUAAAGAAUAUGAUCUUAAUGAUGAAAUGAAUAAAUCAAAGAAACCUCGGAAAUCUAGAACAGCAUUUACUGAUUUACAAUUAAAUGAAUUAGAGAAAAUGUUUGAUCAUCAAAAAUAUUUAAGUGUACAAGAUCGUAUUGAAUUAGCUGAACGAUUACAUUUAACGGAUACACAAGUUAAAACAUGGUAUCAAAAUCGUAGAACAAAAUGGAAACGUCAAACUGCUGUCGGUUUUGAAUUACUCGCUGAAGCUGGUAAUUUUGUAGCAGUUCAACGUAUUUUACAAACGAAUCCAUAUUGGGCAUAUCAUCCAGCAGCACAAACUAUUCUAGCUAAUAUGGAAGCAAUAAUGAAGAAGAAAACUGAUUGCAAUAUUACUGAUGAAUUAAAACAAACCAAUCAUAAUGAUAGUAAAAUGAAUUAUUUUAAACAAAUGAAUCAUAAUCAACAUAUUAUUACCAAUACUACUAAUACUAAUAUUAGUAGUAGUCCUACUACCACUACUACUAACACUACUACUAUUACUACUAAUACUACUUAUAAUCAUCAUUCAAGAUCAAAUGAUCAAGAUUCACUUUCUUUUAAAUCGAUUGAAUUCAAUCAUCAAAUACCAUCUUCAUCCUCAUCCUCAUUAUUAUUCCAAUCAAAUGAUCUUAAUCAUCAAUUAGAAAAUUGUUCAAAACUAAAUUCAUCAAUGAAAUUACCAAUCACUAUAGGAACUUCUACUUUCCCAUUAAGAACUACUACAAUAGAUCAUCAAUUGAAUACUACUACAACGACUGCUGCGACGACGACGACUACGACGACGACGACUACAAAUGCAGUAGAUAGUACAUCAUUAGUGGAACUACCAGAUUGGUGGCCUUUUAAAUCAACCAUAAAAGAUUUAAUACAAUAUCAAAAUACAUUAUCUUCUUCUUCUUCUUCUUCAACUAUUACCACUCCUACUACUACUCCCACUACUACUCCGACUACUCCUGCUAUCUCAACAUUAUCCUAUUGUCCUAUAGUGAAUUCAUCUCUCAUAGAUACAACUAAAUUAUUACAAUUGGAUUUACCAAUGAAUUCAACAAUAUCAUCAUUCAAUAUACAACCUUAUACAUCAAUGAAUCUAUGGUCAACAUUCAAUACAAAUGAUCUAUUAUCUAUUACACAAAAUAUACCAUUAUUUAAUAAUUUAUUACGUCAUCAUUGUAUCAUAACAAAAGAUUAAUAAUAGUACGUAAUGAUGAUACAUUGAUUCUUUCCUUGAUAGAAUAUUGAUUUGUUGGGUUUUGUUUUUGGAUGAAGGUUUGUUCUUUGAAUACAAACAUUCAGGUCGGAAUCUUGAUCAUUAUACUAAUGAUAAUGCUGUUUAGUAGAACAAUGAACGGUUCAUUGAUACAAACCAUUUAGCUCAGAGGACAACAACAGAAAAGAAAGAACUCUGUCAAAAUUAUCCAUUUGAGCUAUAAAUGUUCUUCAUCAUCUUAGAAUUAUUCUUUAAAUGAGUGAACGAUGUUGAUAGGAGUGAGAACUUUCCGCCCUCCUCCCACCCCCAAAACACACACAUCAUAAUCCAAUUGUAUGUGCAAAUCUAUAAGAGUGAAGUGUAAAUUAACUUUUCCACUUUUAUUAUUAUCCUUAUUAUUAAUCAAUAAUAUUGUUGCCAUGACUUGUCUUGAUCUCGGUUUAAUUUACUUUAGUUACUAGGUUCAAUUCAUUAUUUGUUCCUUUAAUUUGUACAAAAAAAUUACUUUUAUUGCUUUUUUUUCUUUAUUUUUCUUUCUUUUUAUUUU